CCCAUUCCCCCCCCUUGUCCUGGCUAGCUGGUUCUUGUCUGCUCACAAUAUAAUCUUGCUCCACUGAAGAGGCAAAAGAGGCAGCAGAGAGGAUUUGCUUCCCACAACUACACCACCUUUUCUUUUUUUUAAACAGGGAGCAGUCAAAGGCUGGGGUUGGUUGAUUUACCCGGAGAAAAAGGGAGGAGAGACGGGGGGGGGUUGAUUUACUAGGAGGAGAGCCCUGCUGUCUUUCCUUUUUUGAGCCUAGCCAGAAAGCACCGAGAAAGUUCAAAUCUCCCCCUCUUUCCCCCUCCUCCUCCUCCUUCUUCUUCAGAGUUGGAAAUUCUUGCAUUUCUAGGAAGCUUGGAUCUUUCACAGGAGCUGCGCCGCACUCUGCAAAACUCUACUUACUAUAAUUGGGUCUUUUCCGCCUCCCCCAAAUAAUUAUUACGCCUGCAUAUUGUUUUGAAAGCAGCAACAGCAGCUUUUAAAAGUUCCUCCUCGCUCUUUUCCUAGCCUUCUUUCUGCUCCGAUCUCUGAUUUACUUGGGGAUUUUUUUCGGGGAGAGGGGGUGAAACUUUCAAUAGUUCCACCCCCACACUUUUAAUUAUUGACCAAAGGGGGGAGGAAAAAAGUCACUCUGAAUGGACUAGAGGGUUCCCCCCCCGGACUUUUUUGAUCCCGGUGCCUGGUUUGGAAAUAAUUUAUUUUUCCUCCGUUCCUGAGAAGGAGAUAAAAGUUUUGCUGAAGUUCAGGUUGCAAGGAAUUGUCUUCUUGUCCACCUCCCCGCAAAAAUACCCGUCCGCGUUUCCCUUAAACGUUUGGGAUGAACUGGAAAUAAACCUUUGGAGGAAAUUUGCUUACAGAAAGGCUAGGAAUCGGGGCCCACACUUUACUGGAUAAUGAGCUGUUUUAAUUUUUGAGUGCCCCCCCCUUAAAAAAAGAAGAGACAAGAAUAUUAUCUGAGGAAGUUUGAUGGAACACCUCUCUGACCAGUCCAUUUAAUGUUCUAGGAUUUUGUCAGAAAAGGCCAAGAUGCUGAAGCUCCUGGUGACCACCCUCGUCCCAUCCUUGAUCCUGGCGGCGCCUCCUCCCAUUAGCAAGCUGGCCCUCUUUCCCGACAAGAGCGCCUGGUGCGAGGCGAAGAACAUCACCCAGAUCGUUGGGCACAGCGGUUGCGAGUCCAAAUCCAUCCAGAACAGAGCCUGCUUGGGGCAGUGUUUCAGCUACAGCGUUCCUAACACCUUCCCACAGUCCACCGAGUCCCUGGUGCACUGCGACUCCUGCAUGCCAGCCCUCUCCAUGUGGGAAGUGGUGACACUGGACUGCCCCAGCAAUGAAGACAUCCCCAGGGUGGACAAACUGGUGGAGAAGAUCCUCCACUGCAGCUGCCAGGCAUGUGGAAAGGAGCAGAGCCAAGAGGGGGCACUCCUCAACGUCUACGUCAACGGCGACGAGAACCUGCCAGCUGAGGGUCCUCACCCCCACCCCUACGGCCACCACCACCCAGGGGAAGAGGCCUCCAACCACCACCACCAUGAAGACGAGGCCAAGGACUGACCUCCGACUUUCCGGGGGGUGAACUGCCCCUUCAGCCCAGGCCUUGACGACUUUCCCCCCGCCUCUCAAACACCCAUCAUGCUUUGCUCUUGGCAAUGUCGUCGUGGGGAAGCAGAGGCCAAGCUGAAGGCGGACCUUUCACCGGGGGUGGCCAAUGGGACAAGCUGGCAACCGGCAAGAGAAUUGGGGGAGGGGGUGGUUGGGAGGGUGUCACUGACGAAAUUGCACACUGCUCUAAUAUAUUGGGGGGGGGUGAGGGAAGAGGGAGGGGCAAAAUGAGAGAGGGGUCUCCUCUUGAAGGUCUGGCGGACACUCCAAACAAAGACAUCAAAGGCGGCUUCUCGGUUUCUGGCUUUUCAUCAGGAUAUUUCUCUGUGAAGACUACAUAUAGAAUUGUAGACUUGGAAGGGACCCCCUUGCAGUGUAGGAACCACAGAUGCUGUGGGUCCGGUUCUACCACUGGGGAAUCGAGGACUGAUCUCGGAGGAGCCGGACUGGACCCCCCCAAAAAACCCGUUUUGACAAAAGAGACUCUCCCCUUUGGUGCUUUUUUAGCAGCAGAAGCGAGACAUUUCUUGCAUGUUUGAGUUCUGCCCUCACUUGCCUUCACUGCCCCUGGCUACCUCCAUCACAACUCUGCCUUCUUUUAAUGCGGGGCUGGCAAGCCCGUGUCGCUCCUGGUGUCGCUGGACUCCAACUCCCAUCAUUCUUGCACAGUGGCCAUGCUGGCUGGGACUGCUGGGAGCUGGAGUCAAGCAAUGUCUGGACAGCACCACUUUGCUUACCCCUGUUUGACUUCCUAGCAGCACUUUAAUGAACGGAAGAUAGAAGGGAGCAAAGGAAAUUUUAUUGGGGAGCGCUGGGCGAGGGGGAAGAAACAGGUGGGGUGGCUCCAGACCAUUUUUAGCGAGUCAGAUCUAGCUCAAUAUUGUCAAUGCUGGCUGGCAGCAGCUCAGUAGGGUUUCAGCCGUACCUGGAGAUGACGGGUCGAACCGGGGACUUUCUGAAUGCAAAGCAGACCCUCUUGUCACUGGGCCCUGGUUUUCCUAAGGAUUCUAGUCCUCAUGGUUAUGGUUAAAGGGCUGGAUCAAUGAGGAGGUGCACAGAAGGUAGUCUUAUUCCAAGACAGACCACUGGUCCAUCCAACCUAGGAUUGCCAACACUGACCGGCAGCGGCUCUCCAGGAAUUCAGGCAGAGGACAUUCCCACACUUACUGGAAGAUGUUGGGGAACGAACCUGGGAUCUUCUGCCUACAAAAGCAGAUACUCUACCACUGAGCUACAGCCCUUUCCGCCAGAAUUUAACAUAAUCUGGAUCUGACGUGAGUCAGAUUAUUGGAUGAAGAGGCUGACAUCUUGCCCACCCUUUCCUUGAAUUUUUAAACGUCUUAAUCACUGAAUGUUUAGAGUGAGAUUCGAACUCUUGCCUAUGUAUACACCCAGCCUCUCUCCUUGCUCUGCUGACUACAACACUCUUCAUGGCUUCUCUCUCUCUCUCUCUCUCUCUCUCUCUCUCUCUCUCUCUCUCUCUCUCUCUCACACACACACACACACACGUUAUAUAUAUUUCCACUUUUAUCGUUGUGUUAUUCAUCCCUCUUAAUUAAAUAAAUUAGAUCCAACAUCCACA